CAUACACACACACACACCUAUCACACACCACUCUCUUACACACACCACACACGCAGGGGAAGCUGCCGAGGAGAAUCACCCUGCAGACCCUUUGACGACUGCCGGGGUGGGCGGAAUGAAGCCUCUGGGCGCUGUUUUGUGAGCCGGUGCCCCGGUCAGAGGGAGACGUGCACCGGGGGAGCGGCGGAGCCUGGAGCCCUCCUCUCCGCACAAUGUUUGGCUCUGCCCCUCAGUCGCCGCCUUCCUGCAGCCCCGCACUGAGAAAGUUUGUUUAAGCGGGGAAUGUGUAACCGAGGGUGGGAGCCGGGCGAGCGGCCGGGAUAUGCUGGGCGGGGUGGAGCCACCCUGUCGGGAGCAGCGCCGGCGCGCCGGAGGUUUCUCAGCGCUCGCAGGGUCCGGCGCCGGAGCAGGUAGAGGGGUGAGCGGCCGGAGCGGAGCGGAGCGGAGGGGGCAGCGGUGAGCAUGUCCCGGGUCGGCGGCGCCCAGGAGGAGGAGGAGGAGGAGGGGGUCGAUAUCGACAGCGUGAAGUGCGCGCUGCAAGCUGAACAGGAUCACGUGCAGAAGCGGACGUUCACAAACUGGGUGAAUGCCCAGCUGGCAAAGCACAAGACGCCAUCCGUGGUCCAGGACCUGUACCAGGAUCUUCGGGACGGACAUCAGCUCCUGGAUCUACUGGAAGUUCUCUCUGGGCAGCAGCUGGACCAUGAGAGAAACCGGACUCAUCCCAUCCACUGGAGGAGCAACGUGGGAACUGCCCUGAAGUUCCUGAGGACAAAUUCGGUCAAGCUGGUGAACAUCAAUGUCCCAGAUAUUGUGGAGGGGAAGUCUACCAUCAUCUUGGGCCUGCUAUGGUCCAUCAUAUCGCAUUUCCAGGUGGAGAAGCUGGCGAUGGGGUUAGAGCGGGAGUCUGGGCAGGGGGUGCCGUCACCCCCGGUGACCUCCUCACCCACAGGGACCCCUCCGCCGAAGAGGGGACGAUUCCAUUCAGUGUGGAAGCGGUCAGCGAAACAGGCCCUGCUGAACUGGGCCCAGGAGAAGACCAGGGGGCUCCCUGUCACCAUCCAGGACUUGAGCGGGAGCUGGAGGAACGGCCUGGCAUUCGCCGCGGUGAUCAAUGCUCUUCAGCCUGGCCUGCUCGACCCUGCUGAGUUCCAGCACAAGUCCGACAUUGAGAACCUGGAGACCGUCUUCUGGACCGCUGAACGCAAGCUGGGAAUUCCCAGACUGCUGGAGGCCCAGGACCUCGCUGUUCAGAAACCUGAUGAGAAAUCAAUAAUAACGUACCUGUCGCAGUUUGUGAAAUAUUCCAAGGAACUCCCUGUGGGCGAGCUGGACACAGAGGUGGAGGGGACACCCCGUUUCCUGGAAUCCCUGGGUGACCAAUCCACGCAGGACGCUGAGCACUCUGCCUUGCAGGCUGAUGUCAUGCGGGACUUUGAAGACUCGAGGAGGCAGAUUGAGGCCUGCAUCCAAGGGGCAGUACUCUUCCUCCAGGACAAAGGGAGCCCAGGGGAGCUCAUCGCCAAGCACCAGGAGACGGUCCGGAGCUUUGACUCGGGAGUUCUACAGCGCUUUCUGGACGCCACCCACAAGGUUCUUACCACCGCCGGCCCACAGAAGAGCCGCGUGGUCUCCGAGCUACGGGAGGAGCUCUGCCAAAAGUGGGCGCUGGUGCAUUCUGCUGUCACUGCACACCUGCAGCGGCUGAAUUCUGCGGUGGAACCAUCCGGCAUGGCUCAUCCGGAGUCUGGGAUGGAGGCGGAUCUGGGAACCUGGAGAGUCCGGCAGCAGACCUCCGUGGGUGAGGGCGGUGGUUUGAUGGGAGCCAAACAACACCUGAUGACGAGGCAGCUUGCUGAGGGCGGGUCUGCGCACCGAGUCAGCGCGGGGCUGAAUCCUGAGCUCACAGGCGGUGAGCAUGGCGCGAGAGAGCCGGGGGAGCUGUCGGAAGCCAGGAAACUCGCGGCACGGGAGCCAGACCCCGAGGUGCUGAGGACCAGUGAGCAGUGCUGGCCGGGAUCGCAGGAGGAAGUGGAUGGACUGGUGGUGACCCUGAGUGGGAGGGAGCCAUCUGGAGAUCUGGUGAGGACAGACCUGAGCCCACGGACUGUGGCCGGCAGAGGGGGGGAAGGAGGUCCGGCCAGACAGGAACCCCCGCUGUUUGGAGCAGUUGCCAAGGACCAAGCGAGGGGCGAGGGACCUGAGGGCCCACCUCUCCCACCCAGGCUCCUCCUGCCCGGGAAAUGGAAGGUGCAGAGGUUCCCAACAGCGGACAUCCCGGGCACGAACGAGCCUGCGCUGCCGGCACGGGUGUCUCUUGAGGCAUGGGAAGAGUCCGCCCAGCUACAGGGUGGGAGCUCGGCGGGCAGAGAGCAGGCCUUCGCUCGAGCAGGCACGGACAGGGUACCGGUCGGGGCCUUCAGUGAGUGGCAGCAGGGAGGAGGAGGGCAGACAGCAGGCGAGCAGGGUGAAGCCGCCACAGUGGAAGAGCCCCCCCGGGCAGUGGGACGGCCCGGGAGCCCGGCGGGAUACCGUGUGGUGCAGCCGGGCGAGUGGGAGCUGGCUGCCGUCCCAGACCCCGGGGUCGGGGGUGGAAGUGAGUCGCAGCACGCUGACCCCCUGGCGGCCGAGAGUCCAGUGCGCGGGUCGGCAGUGGCGCUGAGCGUUGGGGGACAGCCUGUUGGAGCAGAGAGUGGGCAGGCUGCUCCACCCCCUACAGGAGGCUUAAACCCCGAAGGGCAGGCACGGGCCUUCCCAGUGCCCCCUGAAGGAUCCCGGGACCACAGUCAGGCAGCUCCGGGAGGACAAGCUCAGAGUCACAGCCGACACGGACAAGCUGCUCAGAAAACCGGAGAACCUCCAAGCGAGGAGCAUCGGCCCCCAGCGGUGCCGGGGGAUGUGCGGGCACAGGGAGGCAGCCCGGUAACUCAGAGAGCUGGGGCUGAGGGCAUCAGUGCACGUGGAGAGGUGCAGGGUGAUGCCCACACAACUGGAUCAGCCGGAAGGUUUCUGCAGGAAGCUGGCAGGUCUCCACUGGUGAAGGACCCCACGGUUUGGGAUGGGCGAGCAUGGGCGUCCUCAGGGGAGUUACCAGUAGAUCCUCGGACUCAGGGUGACGAUGGAGUGGGAGGCGGGGUCAGGUGGACUAUCCCACACAGGGCAGCCGGAGAGACCUCAGCUGGAGAGACCUUGGACGUGGGCAGUUCCACUGUGGACCUCAGCGGAGGACACCUCACUCAGGACAACGCUGACUUUUUGGCACAGGAAUCAUUUACAGCACAGAGCUGGCCCAUUCCGGAUUAUUCCCAGCCACCGAGGGAGUCUAUGGACAGCAGUCACAUGACUAACGUCCCAGCCAGAGAGGACUGUGGGAAAUCAGCUGUGGCGACAGAAGAGGAGUCGUUUGGAAUUCCGGAUUUGUCCUUGACGGAGCCCCGUGAGACAGGACUUCAGGACCAUGAGGGACGAGAGAGGGAAGGUCGAAGCAGCGGUGACGCAGUGAGAAGGUACGAAACAGCAAGAGAGGGCUUGGAGCGGAUGAGACUGGGAGCUUGGGCGGGGACGGAUCCCCAUCGCCAACCGACCUUGUCCGACCUGAGGGAGAAGCUGCACGAGGUGCAGGCUGCCCAGACUGAGGUGAGCUCCCGCCUCAGUGUGCCUGAUGCAGAGAUGAUGGAAGAGCAGGUGUUACCUGGGACGGACCCACACCUGCGGCACACGGCACCUAGGAGUGUGAGAGUGGAACUGGUGCUGUUACAACAAGCUCUCCAGCGCAGAGAGCAGUCCCUGAGUUCGGCCCUCACUGCCCUGGAAGGACUGGAGGAGCAGAUUCCUUUGUUGCAAAACUGUUUGCUCCAGUUUCAGAACCAACCGGUAGUGCUGACUGGAAGCAGCCUGAAGCUGGAGCCCCAUCUGCAGCUGCUGAAGCAUCUUCAGACUGCGAUCGAGUCCCAGGUUGAAGCCUGUGAGGCCGUGAGCGGUGGUGGCAGUGAGUGUGCAGGCAGCUUGGAGCCAGAGGAUCGCCGCGCGGUCUGCUCCAUCGCCCGUGACUGCGCACGGCGGUACCAGGAGAUCGGGACGCAGGCACAGGCCGCUGCCUCAGCCCUCUGCGCCCUGGACGGAUUCCUGCAGUCACUGCGGGCUGCAGACCCCGAUGGCAGGGGUCGCCUGGGGCAGGAGGGAGCAGCAGAGACCCCUACCCCAGGAUCGGCGGAGGAGAUCGAGUGUCUCUGGAACAGGGCCCUGCAGCUGGACGAGGCGCUGAGCGCGGCGAGGGUUUGUCUCGAUGACGGCGGGAGUUCAGGCGGUAGGGUCUGGUGCCGGGACCUUGUGGCACGGCUGGGCUGCAGGGGAGAGGCUGCCAGACGGCAGGACCACUUGCCACAGGAGGAGGUAUACGGGGAGCUGUGCGUGAGGCAGGAGAGACUCGUCAGACACCUGCAGGACAUCGAGCUCCGCGCUGGAGCUGCGUUGUUACGUGAAGCCACGGUUCCGGCCGUACAGGGGAGGCUGGACUCCCUGAAGGAGCUGGAGCAUGAACUGCAGCAGACAGAGGUGGCGCUGGGUGAACUGAGGACACUGGCACAGCAGCUGGUCAGCUCGGGCUCCGGCCUGGCAGGGGAGGCACAGAGGAGGCUCCAGGCUGCCGAGAAAGUAUGGAGCGUAACUGCCAGCAACGUCCAGGACUGGAAGGACCAUUACUUUGUUCUAGUGGGCUUCCUGAGGGAGUUUCAAAACCACAAGAAGGAUCUGAUAUCCAGCAUAGAGAAAGGCCAGGAUCUGAUUCCACCACCCCCCUCUUAUAUGGACAAAGCAAAGCUGCGGCAGCUAAUGACUGAUAUCGAUGCAGUCAAGCACGAGGUCAGCACCCAGCAGGAGAAGCUGGAUGAACUGAGGAACAUCUGCCGGCAUCUGCAGUCCAACCUGAGGAAGGUCAUGGACACCGGAUCCCUGCCGUUCCAGCGGGAAGCCGAUGACCUGGUGGAUCAGUGGCUGGAUGUGACAGAGAGGUUGGAGAGUUACGGUUCCCGUCUGCAGCGGGCGCUGAGCCUGUGGGACGGUCUGACCGAGUGUGGCCGGCAGAUGGGAGAGCGGGCGAGGGGGAGGCCGGACCCGCCGGGGGAGAGUGUGUGCCGGCAGGAGCCUGCGGCACUGGAGGAUGAGGUUCGGGUCCGAAGACAGGAGAUCCAGAGCUUCCACGAGAAGGCAGUGAGGAUUCAGGAACUGCUGGAGUGGGAGGAGGUGCCACUGGAGUUACAGGUGUUGGAAUCGGCAGCGAGGAAGGAGCUGGAGCAGAUAAGCCAACUGAGUGACGGUCAGCAGGAUCCUGGACGUGACCCGGCUCCCACUGUGGACAGGAUCGAGACCGGCCCAGCAUCCCUCCUGAGCCAGGGUGUAGAGGAGCAGGACGGACACUUUGGUCUGGAUGUUGGAGUCAGAGGUCAGUGGCGUUCCACAGACGGUGGGGGCGAGCAGGAGGAGCUGAUGUGGAGCGAUGACAACGUGACACCUCCAGCAGAGGAACUGCCACAGAUCGACGCUGUAGAACGGGAGCCAUGCCCUGACCUGGGCGGCGAAGAUCAGCUCCCUGCAGGUCCCGAGCUGUGGUCUGGACAGGGAGCGGGGACGGCUGACGAUACCGUCCCAAUGACAGGAGGACCAGCCCAGCUGCUCCAGGUGGAAGCAUAUCGGGGGACGCUGUCAGACGCCGGGUGCCUGGUGGACACACUCAGGGCCGAGCAGGAGAGCACGGAGAGCUCAGUGCAGAGGAUCGGGAAGAGCCGCGCAGGCAUCGAGGAGAAGGUACGGGAGAAGGAGGAGGUCCUGCAGGAGAUCGCCGGGGUCAGUGACUGGAUGCAGCGCACAACGUCUCAGCUCGACGCCGGCGACUCAGAGCACGAUGGAGCAUCCGCUACUGGACCAGAGGGAGUCCAGGAGGCACUGAGCGCCCAGCGACAGGUGGUGACCGAACUCAGCCACAGGCUGCAGAGCAGGUGCACGGAGCGGAACACACCCAUUCCCACAGGACUCACCGCACACAUCCAGCAGACUGCCAGAGCUUUGGACAACAUGGAGGAGAAGCUGGGAGCCCGGAGUCCCCAGGACAGCCGGAGUCGGGAACUGAGCACCAGGAUCAGGGAGACCACCGGCCGGCUCCAGGGUGUCGAGGAGAUGCUGCAGCAACGGAGCAAAACCGUCAGCGAGGCAAAGGCCCGACAGAAGAGGAUCUGGUGUGAGAUCGAUGAGUGGUACUCAGUCCUCUCCCAGUUGGAUGGGGAGGUGCAGGAACUGGCUGAGGAGGACCCAGAGCUGGCUCAGGAGCUGAUGGAGACUGUGCUGGAUUCCUUCCAGCAGCACCAACAGGUGUCCCACUUGGCAGAGCAGAGAACGGCGUUGGUCAACAAGAUUCCCGAGUGCCUUGAGGUGUACGAACAGGUAACACAAUCGGCCACAUCCUGGAUUCAGAGCACAGAAGCCCUUCUCUCUGACGCCAUCGACUACACCUCGGCCAAGUCCCUGAGCAAGCAGCUCUUUGCAUUACAGAUGUUGGCAGAAACCAGCAGGCAGCAGCAGCAGAGCCUGCGGGACAUUGGUGCUGGGCUGACGGAGCUGGCAGUGAUGUUCGACACCGGCCACAUGGUGCAGCAGGUCAACAGGCAGCUGGACAGUGCUGCUGCCCUACAGCAGGCCCUGGCCCAGAGGGCAGCCCAGACCCAGGAGCUCGCCUCGGAAAUCGGGGCCAUUGAGUCCGAAGUGAAAACCCUCGAGAGCAAACUGUCCAAGGUGAAGGCCAUCCUGUUCUCUGCUGAGCUCGGUGAUCUCCCUGUUCAGGAGCAUUUGACAAACAGGCAGAUCAUCCUGGAGAACCUGGAGGAGAUGAGGGAGGUGGCUGGUGUGCUGGCAGAGUGUGGGAAGUCCCUGGUGUUGCCACAGGGACCUACCGGCACAGUUGAAGUCUUCACCCGAGCAGCUCGUGUUGCCAUGGAGGUGCCUCGGCUGCAGGAACUGACCACACGGCAGAGCUCCCUGCUCGAGUCACUGCUGGAGAAGUUACAGGAAUGUGACACGGAAACGGAGAGACUGCAGAAGGAGGACGACUUUGAGACCCAGGAGGAGAGGCUGGUGGAUCUGAGCAAGCAGCGUCUAUCGCUGGUGAGCAGCACUCAGGAAGCACUCAAUGAGGUCACCCGGACGUUCGCAAGGGGGCAGCAGUCACCCCCACCCCAGGCUGACCAACCCAGGGAGCCCGAGUGUCCACAGCCAGGGAACGUUUUCGGGAAGCUCUCCUCACUCCUGGAGGAAGAUGAGGAAGAGGGAGAAGGCAAGGAGUCAGCGGAGGGAACCCACCUCCCAGCACCACCUCCAGAUGUGGACACACAGGGUCUGGAGGGCCUCGAUGUGUGCAGGGAGCGAGCCGGCGACCUGGAGCGUUGGCUGGAGUCGACUCGAGAACUGUUGGGAGCCGGGGUUUGGAGUCUGACGAUGCAGCGCAGUGUAGAGGAACGUCUCCGACAGUCUCAGAACACCCUGCUGGAGAUCGAGGAGCAGCUGGUACACCUGAUGGACGGGGCCCCAGAGCGGAGCCCAGAGUCCCAGCCCGAGCUCGAGUCUCUGUCUGCGCAGCUCACUGCCCUGAGGGGCAGUCUGACGGCGUUCCAAGCUCAGCUGGAGCAGGGACAGAUUCCCGCCCAGGACCAGGAGACGGAGCAAUCAGAACCCGCAUGCCCCACAGAGGAGAUCACCCAGCACACCAAAGGCACGUGGCAUGGUGACCAGCAGAGGUCUCCAGGAGAGGAGCCAAUCCCAUCUCAUCCCAGCAGGAGAGAUGGGGGUGACCCUGUUCCCCUGGGUGUCGGGACCCCGGUGGAUCCGGCCGAGGGGUCCCCACCCCACCAACAGCUGGUGGCAACGUGGCAACUCCUCCGGCAGAGGAACAAGGGCCUGCAGAAACUUCUGGAAGAUUCUCUUCAGCAAGGCCAAGGGUCACAGGUGUUUGUCACAGCUGGAGAGUUAUGCAGUGUCCCGGGUCUCGCACAACCGGCUGUGGAGGAGCUCAACAUGUGGAUGGCACAGCUGGGAUGGCACAGCCAGGAGGCAGCGGAACUUGCGACCCACACACAGGGGACCACUGACGAGGAUGCACACUUGAAGUUGGAGACGGCCGUGCAGAAUACCGCCCUCCGGAUCAGCGACUGGUUGGAUGCCACACAGGAGGGACUUUGCUCCUGCAGGCUGGUGCCCCCUGAGGAGGUGGAGAAGAAACUGAAACACCACCAGGUGUUGCUGGAGACGCUGGAGGCAGCUCACCGUGCGCUGACGGAGCAGACCCACGCGCUGGGGCAGUCGGCCACCUUCAGCUGCCCGGCCGCUCUGGGCUCGCUGUGGGACCUCCAUACCAGGCUCGGGCUGGCCGUCCGCUGCUGCUCCCUGCUCACUGACUCGCUGCGGGCUCGAGCGGGUCAGUUCGCGAGUGCAAGACACCCCUACCAUGGGAAACCGACUCCGGCUAUCUACCCCGUCUGUGCUUUGUGA